UAAGUCGGAGAGCUGGAUUCCCAUGGUGCAGCGCACGGCUCCAGUCCGACUCGGUUCAGUGUUUGCUCCGUUCGGGACGGGCCGGCUCUGGUCGUGUGGUGCGGGUUCGCUUCAGGCAGUGACACACCGCCGGAGAAAGUGAGGCGCACACUGGACACACGGAGUUACUCGGCUGUGUCGCGACGGAAUAUGACGGUUCCGACCGGCCUUGUUGCAGCCGCCUCUCUUCGCAGCUACUUCCUCAGACUCUGCGUCUCUUGUUAGCGGGCCUCCCUCCCCUAGCUCCCCGUCCCUUUCCUUUCCCUUUCCCCCCCCACCUACUCCUCCCCCCACCCCCUCCACCGCCACGCCGCCGCCGUCGCACCGCCGCCAAAUGACACCCACCCCGCAGCAGAUCAAGGACCAGCUGCUCCAGGCCAUAGACAAGGAUGCCAAUAUCCGUAACAUGGUGGCGGUGCUGGAUGUGAUCUCCAGUUUGGAGAAGUAUCCCAUUACCAAAGAAGCCCUCGAAGAAACGAGGCUGGGGAAACUCAUCAACGAUGUACGGAAGAAGACCAAGAAUGAGGAGCUUGCAAAGCGUGCCAAGAAACUGCUAAGGAGUUGGCAAAAAUUGCUGGUUGAGCCUGUCGGGCAGAUCGAGUCUGUGCCCAGAGCACUAUCCAAUUCCCCUGGUUCAGCUAAUGGGGGAGCACAUGCUUUCAAGCAUGACUUGCCAUCUUUGGCCACCAGCACUGCUGUAGGAGGGGCCAAGCCGGUACCAGAUCUGAAAAAUAAGAAUGAUGUGCACAAGUCCUACUCUUUCUUUGGUGACAAGCAGGGUAUUCGGAAACGGAAAGGGGAUGGUAUGAAGGGGCCACCAUCCAAAGUCCCAAAGCACAAUAGUGAACAGUUGCAGAACUCUACACCACCACCAAGCAAUGGAAUCCGCAGCAGUCCUGAAAACUUCCCAAGCCCUCCUGACACAAUAUCUUCAAACACCCAUGCAGUCCCAGAUAAAAGCAGAACAGACCCUCAGGCACCUUAUGAAAAUGACAAGCAUAGCAAGAUACCAGUCAAUGCUGUGAAACCACAUACCAGUUCUCCAGGUCUUGUAAGAAACCCUAGCACUUCCACGUUGCUAAAGACUGCUAUUCUACAGCAACAUGGAAAAGCUGAUGAUCCUGUGGGGCGUUAUCGACCCAGUAGCCCACGCUGUCAAUCAUUUAGCCCAAGGACUUUUAAACAGGAAAUGCCAGCCAAACCUUCCUCGACAUAUGCACCCAAGGGCUCUAUUGCUAGUCCUUCUCAGAGCUUUACAGGGACUUUGGCUCAAACAAGUACUGAUUCUGACAGGACAGUGUCUCACUUGCCCAAGAAACAUGUUCAGAUGUCAUCUCCUAUAUUGCAGGCAGCUGCAACACCACCUCUGCCAUCCCAGGUAAAAAACCUAACAGAAACUGAAAGCCUCUUAGAUCGGCUAGUAGAGACACCUGGUUCGGAGACUCUUGUUGAAAACCAACUUCAGCACCAUUCUUCCCCACAGCCGCAGGACUUGGUGUAUUCCUCACAUAGUCCUAAUUCAUCAACUUCACAUCGCGGAGAAUCCUUGCAGAAUCUUGACUUAGAUGCUGUUAUGGGAGACUUGCCUGCUAGUGAGUGUUCCUUCUUUGGUCACGAUAACAAAAAGUCAUCCAAGAAAAAAUACAGGCCCAGAGACUAUCAGGUGAACUUAGACGGACAAGUUAUGGAUGAAAGUGUAAAGCCUGUACGGUUGAAAGAACGUAGAAUUACAUUUGAUCCUGCUACAGGACAGAUCAAACCUUUAAUACACAAGGAUUCAUCUCAGGCUGAAAGCUCAGUUCCAGCUGAGCCCCAUCGAACCACCGAAGUGGUCCAAGAACAGAGAGUAAACUUGCAAACUACUUUAGAUCAAACUAACUGGAAAGAAUUAUCAAAAAAUGAAAUUAUUCAGUCAUACUUAUCGAGACAGAGCUGCCUUCUUUCAUCCUCAGGAGUGCAGCCACCCGGAGGUCACAUUGUUGAAUUUCUACAGCACGAAAGCCACAGGUAUAGCACUAGCACAGAGGCCCGUGAGGUCCAUGUAUUGAUACCUACAGACACUCCCUCAGAACUUCCUGGGGUCAGUAGAGCGAUCAAAGACUCAGAUGUUCAGCGAAUACAUGAGCAACACUGGGCUGGUGUGAACGGUUGCUGGGACAACCAGGGCAAUUGGUAUGAUUGGACGCAGGGCAUAUCUUUGGACCCUCAAGGUGAUCAGGGACAGCUGCAUAUACUGCCAUAUGUCUGUCUGGACUGAGCAUUAGUGCCCAUUUGGCUUGCUUUUAAGGUUUAAGAUCAUCUGAUGGUAAACAAGUGGUUCCCACUUACUAAAGAUGAGCAAAUAUAUCAGGGUUGCAAGAUACAGUUCUGAAGGUUCUAAUUCUCAGCCCAUCUGUGUAAGAACCCCUGCCCCCACCCAACCCCAUUACCCUCUCUUCUGCAGUUUGCUGCUAUCAGUGUUUUAACCAAAAUUGCAAAGGAGGGAAAGAAGCACAGGAGGAGUUUGAAAAAGGAAAAGAAUGGUUAAUUCUGAUGUAUAUGCAACUCCCCUUAGGGAUUAGGACAGGUUUUAAUGGGUGGUCAACAAGCUUAGUGAGGAACAGUUUGUGGAAGAAAGCUGAGGUUUGAUAAAGGUUCCAGCACUUGACAAUAGGCUGGAUAUGGUCUUUGGGGCAGUUACAGGAGCUUUAUGUGGCAUCCAAACUAAAUGAAUAAUGUUACCUUAAAAAGUAUACAUCUAUUUAUUUUAUUUCUUUUUUAAAAAAAACAAAACACUUUAAUUUGGCAGUGAGACAGAUGUGCAAAAACUGUAGGUUUCUCUUAUUUACUCACAUUUUUGAGCAUAAUUUUUAUUGUGAAAAUCAAGUCAGACUGUGAACGUUUGCACAGUACCACGUCAUACCAAACAUUCCAAAGGUCUUCACAUGCUGGUAGUUGCUGUCAACUUCUGUUUAAAAUAAAAUCUUUGGGUCUUCAUAAUUUAGGUUUAAAAAUGUUUGAAAAGAAAUCUAUUUUACUAAGUCAAAAAUGAGUUUUUUAUUCUUGCCACCUUACAAAUUCAAACAUUAACAAUGUAAUUUUGUUCUCUGCUUUGCUCUCUUGCUUGGUCUCUACAAAUGUUCUCACUUCCCCAAAUCUCAAAGUGGACAAAAUAAAGAGGGUGCUACUAGUUUGCAACUUUGUACUGUGAGAAGUUGAUUUACAAAUUUCAAAAGGAAUCGUUUGUAUGCUGGAGAUAUACUUGUUACCAUUCCUUUAGAUAUUGUUUGCCUUAUGGAAUCCAUCAUACCACAACUGCAAAACAAGAAGCCUUAGUGAAUGUACAGAAAUUAGACUUCUGUGUUCUGCACAAUACAGAAGGAAUGACUUUGCUAUUUGGUCCUUUUAAGUGGACACAUUGUGAUAUAAAUGUGGAAACAAUAAAAAAAAAUUUGCACAGAAGUUUGCCCCCUUUUAUUCAAAAUGACUUCUCUGAUGAAAUUGUACUUGCAAAAAUUGCCUCUCAAACAGAUUAUCAAUGCUGUGUUUAAUUCUGAAGUGGAUUCAUCUGAAUAGACAUGAAUGUGAACAUGUCAAGUUAAUUUUUUGUGACAUUGCUGGUCUGAAUUUUAGUUGCAUUGUUCUUGUUCCUGUUUCAGCGUCUAAUUAAAAGGCACCAGUUCUCGUGUUCUACAGAGGCCUGAGUGGUGCUCAACAGUAAUUAGUAAAAUUCUGAAUUCCAUCCAUUGUACUUGAAUGAUAUGUUACUGGUGGUCUAUGCAACCAGAGCUAGGUAGGGAUACAGUCAUCUAGUUAUUCAUACUAAAACUAUAAAGCCAUCUUGGUGGUAAACAAAACCUAGUGAGACACCAGAGACACACAUCUGAUUCAGUCCUUCAGUUUUAAUAGGGUAAGUAGUCAAAUCAGUUUGUUAUUCAUCCUCCCACUGAUAUUUUAAAGCUUCAGUGCUUUUCAUUUUGAUUCUGUUACGAUCCUGUCAUUGGAAUUGCUUUA